AACAUUUGCAGAAUCGCCAGAACGGCAGCCGUGGGAUCCAGGAUCCUGAGGUUGUGGACUCCUCCAAUUUCCAGGCUGCCGUGUCCGCAGCCGGCCGUCAGAUCAGCCAACGUCUUUUCCGUGCGCCCGCACUCGUCGGCUGUCAAGAUGGAGAAACCGAUGCUGAUGCUGGCUUUCACCUGCAAAAAGUGCCAUGAGAGGUCGUCCCAUAUUAUCUCCAAGCAGGCCUACACCUCGGGAACCGUGUUGGUACAGUGUCCGGGCUGCAAGAAUAGACAUCUAAUUGCAGAUCAUCUAAAGGUAAGUUUUCCAUAGUACUGAGAACUAACUUGAGAUCUUUUCUGACCAUCGCAUAAACAUAGAAGACAUCCUGGCAUUGAAAGGUGAGAGCGUCACUGUGACACCUGAAGACCUUGCGUUUGAGGAUAUCCCCGAAAAGCUGCGCGAUCUGAUUGGCCACCACGCCAAAGAUGCCCCACAGAAGUCAGAGCCAGGCACGCCGCUGCUGAAGGAGUGAGCGGACGGUUGGCUGUCAUCCAGUCGUCUGCGGGUUUCUGCCUCGCCCUGUAUAUAUUUAACCCGGCUCUGUGGCUUAUCUAAUUCUGCCGCCAUAUUUCUGACACCCGCUGGACCAAAAAACUCUUCAACCUUUGCUAUUAUGAAGAGUGGGAUUAUAGAUAAAAUGGCCGGCCUGGUGGCGCUGAUUCCCUGGAAGCGCGUCUCCGAGUCCGUGCUCAACAUCUUCCCCAACGACAGCCUGCAAUACAUAUGGAUUUUUUCUCACUUUGUCACGUUUCUGGGUGCGGUGAUGCACUUUUGCAGAUUCCUCAGUCCAGCCUCCCUGAUCUUUGCGUCUGUGCCCUGGUAUAAUCUCUCCCUUGCGGGCUCGAUCUGUACCUACUCACUAGUUGUGUACAGGAGACACAUUCUGGACCCGGAGCUGAUGGUGGCUGCUCCCUCGGGCUCGGUCAAGUCUCACCAGAUGGACUACCAUACAGUUCCGCUGGCCGAGAUUCUCAAGUCUGAAAAUACACAUCUGCUGGUUUAUGCGUGUCUGUGGCUCACAACGCCAACCAAUGUGCUCAAGAUCUUUCCUUUUGCCGCAUACUCGCUGCUCAACCUCACCAAUUACUGCAUCAUCGAGUCGUUUCCCAAACACCCGUUGUCGCUCGCAAUUACGCCGCUGGUCACCUAUAUUGAGUAUCCGCUGCUGUUGUUUGCUGCGCACGUGGACCUGGCGGUUAUUGGGCUUCUGUGCAAGGAGGCCAAUAACCUGGGCUCUUUGUACGUGCUGAUAUUUUAUAUUUUUGUAUGGGGGCUGCGGGUCGAGUAUUCUGACGCCAGUCGGCUCGCAGUGUCGAACUUGCUGCGGUUUCUCGACAAGGCGUUCAACGAGGACGUUUUGCCACACGCCGUGCACAAAACAUGGGUGCUGACCAGGACAAAGUUCACGCUCAUGCUAUCGAUCACCGACUACGACACGAUCGCCGCCGAGUCCGAACUUAGAGAAUCUGCCUCAUUCAGAAAGGAGAGGAGUCCUGUGAGAGAAAAGCCAAAGAGACGCAAGAAGAAGAUCCACAGCGCGUGCUCGUGACAAGCCGUUUUGUAGUGCCAAAUUAUU